GAACAAUGGUUGCUCCCUCGGUUAUAAGCUAGUGCAACUAGACAUUGUCUCGUCAUUCCCGUUAAUCACCCGUUCUAGAGUAGAUUGCCCACUCCCGCGGAAGUCAACAUGUUAUUCGUGGCGAAAACCACUCUUCUGGUGAUCGUUUCGCUUUCGGUCGUGUUGUGCUAUCCCCAGCAACUGCCGCCAGAGGAAAUUCAGCCAGAUAGAGAAGUACUGGAAGAAAUACCAAAGAUAUUCAACACUCCUGCCGAGAUUGACAUUCAACCAAAAAGUGCGCCAAUUCUGGCCCAAGACGCCAGAUUAGUGAAGAAAGAUGCCUUGAUGAGAAGUGACAGAUCUGCCGCAUACACUUACUACUACCCCGGAGUAUAUUACUAUCCGCCCCGGUACCGUUGGAAUCCAUACUACUACUACAAUUACUACUAUUGGUGGCUAUGAUGAAAUUAUUUGAAUGUUCUAACAUUUUUUCAAUUAUUUAUGGGUGAUAGUAGUGAUAUUAGUUAAAAGUCAAAUUGUUGGUCGAAAUCUACAAUGAUGAAAAAUAAUGUUAAGAAAAAUCAAAAAUAGAGAAGUUAGUAUAACAUUCCAAAUUGUGCAACUGCAAUAUUUAAAAUUACAAAAUACAAUGUUCAUAGUACACUGAUUGCUUGUUCACUGUUUUCACUGAGGAAUACAUAAUAGUAUUGCAUAAUAAUUAAAUCAAAAUUUAUUUGAUACAGCAGAUCUCGAAUGUUAUUUUUUAUACCUAUAGUUAAACCACAAAUCACAAACAAAUGAAGAGCAGUUUUGCUUCUUGGAAAAUUGAAAACGAAAAACAAACAAAAUCUUCUUUUUUUAUGCUAUCGAUGGUGUGUUUUGCCCCACCCAUCUUGGAUCUAAAAAUAGUGGACAGACGUUGGGUCAGACGAUUAGAUAAACAUAUGCGAAAGGAGUUCAUUAAAAUAGGUGUUUUUAUGUUAAACAUAAUUUUGAAGCUGA